AUGACCAGAGAACGCGCUCCAAGCCCCAGCAUAAUCGUAUGCCAUCAGAUUGAUGUGAUCAAGCACGGCACCAAGCUCCUUCAUCUUGAGCUUUCCAUAGUUCUCAGGACCAGCAGGUGCAGCAAUAGACAGCUGGAAGUGGUAUCCAGAAGCAUAUUGCCUCGAGUAAGCGUCGAGCUCAUUGCGUACAGCCUGGAGGAGAAGGACCAUGUUAUUGGCCUCAGUGUCGUUGGCGGGAUACUCCCAGUCGACAUCGAUACCGUCAAAGCCCCAGUCCUUCAUAAGAGUUACGGCGCUCUGGGCAAAAGUAGCUCUGGUGGCGGCGGUACUGGCAGCUGCUGGGAAGUUGGUUGA